AUGCAGUGUAUAGUAAACUCCAUGCUCAGUGUUAACAUCACCAUAGUCCUGGGCCAGUGCAGCUUUCAGUGGGCAACAGUGACCUUCCAUCUUCCCCACCACGUGCUGAAGCUAGUGGCCAGUGCCAUCGUCAAUGAGCUGAAGAAGAUCAACCAGAACGUAGCUGCCUUGUCUGUGGCCUCAUCCAUCAUGGACAGGCUCUCCUACCUCUUGUCAAGCGCCAGGCCUGAGCUCGGGGUUGGCCCCGGCCGCUCUGUAGAUAGAUCUUUGAUGUACAGUGAGGCCAACAGAAGGGAGACAUUUACAUCGUGGCCACAUGCUGGGUACAGGUGGGCUCAGCCUGAUCCAAUGGCUCAAGCAGGAUUUUACCACCAGCCUGCCUCAACAGGGGACGACAGAGCCAUGUGUUUCACCUGCAGUGUGUGCCUGGUCUGUUGGGAACCAACAGAUGAGCCGUGGUCCGAACACGAGCGACAUUCUCCCAAUUGUCCAUUUGUGAAGGGCGAACACACACAGAAUGUGCCACUGUCGGUGACACUGGCGACCAGUCCUGCCCAGUUUCCCAACAGCCCCGACAGUUCGGACAAGAUCGCCUGCUACGGCUUCGGUAGCUGCCCACAGUUCCUUGCGGCCGCCACCAAGAGGGGCAAGAUCUGCAUCUGGGAUGUCUCCAAAAUGAUGAAGGUGCACUUGAAGUUUGACAUCAACCCAUACGACCCAGCCAUCCUCAGGCAGCUGAUAUUGUGUGGUAGCGAGCAGAGCCAGCAGACACUCACUGAGUCUCGGAGACCAACUCUUGCCUGGCUCGAGGAGUCGUCCUCCUGCUCUGACCUGCCCAAGCUAGAGGGAGACAGUGAUGACCAGUUGGAGGAUUCAGACAGUGAUGAGCAUUCCCGAUCAGAGUCAUUAACAGGCCAGCAGUCUCAGUGGGAGAACAUGGAUGUGAGCCUAGGGGUGACGGCGCUGAGUGUGCUCCAGCAGCCCGAGAAGCUCCAGUGGGAGGUGGUGGCCAGUGUGCUGGAGGACACGGUCAAGGACCUGGAGGAGCUGGGUGCCAACCCCUCAUUGAACCAAGCCAAGGCCCACAGCCAGGCCAAAGCAAAGGACAAGGUCUCUGACCACCACAACAUUCCCUUCCCUUGCCUUCUGGCCGGAGGCCUGCUCAGCUACCGCUCAGCAUCCAGCACCCCCAUGGCUGGACCCCCACCCACAGCCACAACUACAACACGCAGGACCACGGAUGGUCCCCUAAGGACUCAGGGCCCUGAGCCCUUCCAUCCUGGGCCUCUACAGGACCAGGGCCCCAUGGAGAUAGAGACGUGCAAUCCCCAGACUGCAGCCCAGGAUCAGGGCUUCUCUAAUUUAGCUGGUUCCCAACCUCUAAGCCCCUCGUCUCUGCCAGCUGUGCGCAGGACUAUACCUGUGCUUCUGCUGUACAGUAUUAGAGAGGUGGAUGACAAGUCCUCAGGGCAGGUGUUCGCGCAAAUGAACAACCUAAUGAGCAAGGGGCUCCACGAAGAGGGCUUCACUGUGCCACAGAUUAUAGAGAUGGAGUUUGACACACAUGAGCAGCUUCUUCUUCAGGAUCCUCCCAUCACUUACAUUCAGCAGUUUGCCGAUGCAGCCACUAAUCUGGCAGGGUUAGAUGGUCACAUGGACAAAUGGAGCACACUGGCUGCUGCGACAGUCUCCACCCCGCCUCGGCCCGGAGCACUGGUGCAGUGCUUGAGGCUGCCCAAACAGCUAGAAGAGGAGAAUCUUUAUGUGGACUCCAUCACGCCCUGCUGCGAUGGUGUGCACCUUCUGGUCGGCCUGCAGCCAUGCAGUGCUGAAUCUGUGAGUGCUACAAACCAAGUAGAGGCUCUAAACAAUCUAAACCGCCUGCACUCUGCCCUGUGCAGCCAGCGUAAAGGAGACCCCCUACACCCAGUGGCCAAUGGGGUGGAAGGCCACCACCCAGGGGGGUCACCGCCUCAGACUCCCCUGAUCCUGCCCCCAGGAGACCAGAAUCAGCAGAGGUCCCCAAGUGGUGGUAGUGGAGGCUAUCUUGCACUCUACAAGCUCAACUACUCCACCCGUAUAGUCACCUUGGACGAGGAACCCAUCAAGGUGCAGCAGAUUUGGGACCCUUGUGACGCCAUCACCUCUCUUAUAUUGCUUCCUUCAGAUUUGCUUGAUAGCAGGGAGGAUGACAGUGAAGAGGCUCUUGAGGAGGCUCUCCCCUCCGGGUCAACAUCUGGGUUUGGAAUGGGCCCUGCUGGCUCUGUUAGUUCUGGAACUGUCCUAGCAUGUGGAGCAGCCACAACCAGCAGCGCUACUAUCACCAGUCCCUCCACCUCUGCAACGACUCACAAAGAGUGCAAGCGCUUAGAGGUGGCAGGCCUGGGUCACCUUGUGGUGACCACACGGGCCGGAUACAUUAUGAUACUGGACCUGUCAACAUUGGAGGUCCUGGCUAAAGUGGAGCCACCUAAGAAGGAGGGGUCAGCAGAGGAGACGGACCCCUUUGUCUCAGUAACCUAUUGCUCUGGGACCGACCGCCUUUGUGCAUGUACCAAAGGUGGAGAACUUCAUUUCCUUCAAAUUGGAGGUGUGUGUGACGAUCUAGACGAUGGAGACAUGUUUAUUGAUGGCCCCCUUUCUAAAGGGGCUGAACUGCUGCUCGAGGGGGCCAAGCCCUCCUCUAACCCCUCUAGCCCCGGGAUUACAGGAGUGGACCUCCUGACGGACCAACCACUGACCACAGAGAGCCUGAUGUCUCUGGUGGAGCUGACACGAUUCGAGACGUUGACUCCUCGCUUCUCGGCCACAGUGCCGCCAUGCUGGGUGGAGGUUCAGCAAGAGCAGCAGCAGCGACGCCACCCACAGCACCUUCACCAGCAGCACCAUGGAGAUGCAGCCCAACACACCCGCACCUGGAAGCUUCAGAGUUGCAGCUCCAGCUGGGACGAGCAUGUGUUUGAGCUGGUGCUGCCCAAGGCCUGCAUGGUGGGCCAUGUGGACUUCAAGUUUGUUCUGAAUGCCAACAUCGUCAACAUUCCUCAGAUCCAGGUCACUCUGCUGAAGAACAAAGCACCUGGGCUGGGCAAAGUCAGCGAGACGGCGGUAGACAGACAGAUCUCCUUCCCCCUCUCCAAUGUCCUCCAUGCCAAUGGGGAGAGGAAUGGACAGCCUCUGCUGCAUGACUUUACAGAGGACAUUCAAUUCAUGGACAUAGAGGACACGUCAGGCUCUGUGCUGUGUCCAUUCCUAGAGGACCACAAGGAGGAUAUCCUGUGCGGUCCAGUGUGGCUGGCCAGUGGGCUGGACCUCUCUGGCCAUGCGGGCAUGCUCAGCCUCACCAGCCCCAAGCUGGUCAAAGGCAUGGCAGGAGGGAAGUACCGCUCCUUCCUGGUUCACAUCAAAGCAGUGAGUGACCGAGUCAUGGAGGAGAGCCCCCGACCUGUGUUGAGAAUGCCCAGUGCCAAGCCUCAGGGCACCAAAGCCCACUCGCUGUCUACCCUGCUGCAGCGGGCUCAGGCAUCCAAGGAGAAGGUCUCUGCGGUGAAAAUGGAGAGCCCAGCACCCUCGAAGAAAGUAGAAAACCUGCGAGGCUGUGACCUGCUGCAGGAAGUUUCAGUCACAAUCAGAAGGUUUAAGAAGACUUCAAUACCCAAAGAAAGGGUCCAACGCUGUGCUAUGCUACAGUUCCUAGACUUCCAUGAGAAGCUGCUGGAUGCGCUGUGUCGGCGGACAGAGGGCAGCCCAGCCACAGAGCAUGCCCAAAGCCUCAUCCUAGACAUCUUGUGCUGGCUGGCUGGGGUUUUCUCCAACGGUCCCUGCAGCUUAAGAGAAGGAAAGGAGGGUCUGCUGGUGAAAACACGGACACGGCUGACGGAUAUUGUGCGGAUGUGUUUCUUCGAGGCCGGUCGGAGCAUAGCGCACAAAUGUGCUCGCUUUCUUGCACUUUGUAUUAGCAAUGGGAAAGGGGACCCAAGUCAACAGGGUUUUGGCGUGAGUCUGCUGAAGGCUCUGCUAGACAAUAUGCCUUACCUGCCUGCAGCAGCAACAGGUGGCUCCGUAUUCUGGUACUUUGUGUUGCUGAACUAUGUGAAGGAAGAGGACCUUGCAGGCUGCAGCACUGCCUGCGCCAACCUACUCACCGCCAUCUCUCGACAGCUGCAGGACCGCCUCACCCCACUGGAGGCACUGUUGCAGACCAGGUAUGGCCUGUACAGCUCUCCGUUUGACCCAGUACUCUUUGACCUGGAAGUCAGUGGUUCCUCCUGUAAGAAUGCCUUCAACAGCAGUAUUGGAGUCCAAUCAGAUGAGAUUGACCUCUCUGACAUUCUCUCAGGGAAUGGAAAAGUGAGCAGCUGUGCAGCAGCAGAGGGCAGCUUCACAGCAUUAACUGGACUGCUGGAGGUGGAGCCUUUGCACUUUACUUGUAUCUCAACCAGCGAUGGCACACGAGUGGAACGAGAUGACGCCAGCAUGUUCACUGUGAGUACAUUUGGUGUGACGCCUGCGGUGGGCGGCCUGUCUACAGGAACGGUUGGUGAAGCUUCUACAGCUCUAAGCUCAGCGGCACAGGUGGCGCUCCAGUCGCUGUCCCACGCCAUGGUGUCUGCAGAGCAGCAGCUGCAGGUGCUGCAGGAGAAACAACAGCAACUGUUGAAGCUGCAGCAGCAGAAGGCCAAGCUUGAGGCCAAGCUGCAUCAGACCACCUCAGCAGCUGCCGCUGCCUCAGGUGUGGGGCCCAUCCACAACUCUGUGCCUUCCAACCCUUCCUCCGCUCCAGGCUUCUUCAUUCACCCCUCUGACGUCAUCCCCCCAACACCUAAAACCACGCCCCUCUUCAUGACCCCUCCUCUCACACCGCCCAACGAGGCGGUGUCUGCGGCCUUCAGCGCCGAGCUGGCUCACCUGUUCCCCGGCUCCAUGAUGGACCCUGGGCCUGUCAACCUGGCUGCGCACAAGAACACACAGAAAGCCAAGCCGAGCCCCAUGGGCAGUGGCCUGGCUUUGGCGAUUUCCCAGGCAUCUCACUUCCUGCAGCCUCCUCCACACCAGUCCAUCAUUAUAGAGCGGAUGCACUCUGGAGCUCGUCGCUUUGUCACGCUGGACUUUGGCCGUCCUGUCCUGCUGACUGACACUCUGAUCCCGACCUGUGGCGACCUGGCCUCUCUGUCCAUAGACAUCUGGACACUGGGCGAGGAGGUGGACGGCCGCAGGCUGGUGGUGGCCACUGACAUCAGCACCCACUCCCUCAUUCUGCACGACCUGCUGCCACCACCUGUCUGCAGGUUCAUGAAGAUCACUGUUAUUGGGCGCUACGGCAGCACCAACGCUCGGGCAAAGAUCCCACUGGGCUUCUACUAUGGCCACACUUACAUCCUGCCGUGGGAGAGUGAGCUGAAGUUGAUGCACGAUCCUCUGCGGGGUGAGAGUGAGGCAGCCAGUCAGCCGGAUGUGGAUCAGCACUUGACCAUGAUGGUGGCGCUGCAGGAGGACAUCCAGUGCAGGUACAAUCUAGCUUGCCAUAGGCUAGAGACCCUCCUGCAGAACAUCGACCUGCCGCCUCUCAACAGCGCUAAUAAUGCCCAGUACUUCCUACGAAAACCAGACAAGGUGGUGGAAGAGGACCAACGUGUUUUCUCAGCCUACCAGGACUGCAUCCAGCUGCAGCUGCAACUCAACCUGGCUCACCAUGCAGUCCAGCGACUGCGCGUGUCACUGGGUGCUAGCCGAAAGUCGCUGCCUGCAGCCGGACCUCCGGAGGCCCAGGAGCUGGUCCACAACUCAUCCACCGAGCAGCUGAGGACCAUCAUCCGCUACCUACUGGACACACUGCUCAGCCUCCUGCACUCUAACAACGGCCACUCUGUGCCCUCGGUGCUCCAGAGUACCUUCCAUGCCCAGGCCUGCGAGGAGCUCUUCAAACACCUUUGCAUCAGUGGAACGCCUAAGAUCCGUCUCCACGCUGGCCUGCUGUUGGUGCAGCUGUGUGGAGGCGAGCGCUGGUGGGGCCAGUUCCUCUCCAAUGUACUGCAGGAGCUCUACAACUCAGAACAGCUGCUCAUCUUCCCUCAGGACAGAAAGUUAAGUAACAACGUGACACAGUUAAACCUAUUGAAAGCAAAACAGAAAGCUUUGGUUGAGCAGAUCGAGAAGGAGAAGAUCCAGAGCAACAAAGGCUCCUCCUACAAACUGCUGGUGGAACAGGCCAAGCUCAAACAAGCCACAUCCAAGCACUUUAAAGACCUGAUCCGUUUGCGACGGACAGCCGAAUGGCCUCGCUCCACGUUGGACACUGAGUCCACAACAGCCAAAGAAGCCCCAGAAGUAGAACCUCUGCCCUUUACACUGUCCCAUGAACGCUGCAUAUGUGUGGUGCAGAAGCUGGCCCUCUUCCUCCUCUCCAUGGACUUCACCUGCCACGCUGACCUGCUGCUGUUUGUCUGCAAGGUCCUUGCUAGGAUAGCCAACGCCACGAGACCCACAAUCCACCUGUGUGAGGUGGUGUCUGAGCAGCAACUGGAACGUCUGCUGCUCCUGCUUGUAGGGACCGACUUCAACCGGGGGGACAUCUCCUGGGGGGGAGCCUGGGCACAGUAUUCCCUCACCUGUAUGCUACAGGACAUCCUGGCAGGUGAACUGCUGUCUCCAGGCUCUCUGGAUGUCAUGGAUGAGGUGGCACUGGGUGAGGAGGCGGGAGCAUCAUCCUCCUCAGCGGGCGCCGAUUCGGACGACUCCCUUCCCCAGCCGGCACCCAUCCCCCUGGUAGAGAGCAUCGACGAGGCCCUUGUGCCUGAUAUCAUCGCAGGUGCUCCACCUCUGUCAUCUUUGGAAAAAGAUAAAGACAUAGACUUUGACUUACUACAAGACCUGAUGGAUGUUGAUAUUGAUCCUUUAGAUAUUGAUUUGGAAAAAGAUCCACUCGCUGCCAAAGUGUUUAAGCCUAUAAGCAGCACCUGGUAUGACUACUGGGGUGCUGACUAUGGCACAUAUGGGUACAACCCAUACAUCGGAGGAGUUGGUAUCCCUGUCUCCAAGCCUCCAGUUGCUGCUGAAAAGCCCGGCUCACAGGGUCUGUCAGUCUCUGUGUCACAGGGUGAGUCGAGACUGGAUUCUGGGUCUAAUCUUAAGGGCGCCUGUGGCUCAGAGGAAGAGCGGGUCGUCCACUAA